UUAGUAAAAUAUUUUUUCUAAUAUUCCCCCAAAACUAACAAAAUAAAAAAUGGCAGUGCGACCUAUAGGACCCGGCCCCGGCGCCUAUAUGCUGCCCCCCACUGUGGGCUACGAUCAUCACGAUUCGCGUAAGCAGCGCCUGCCCCAGUAUUCCUUUGGAAUGCGCACCAACGCAACGGGGUCUAACAUUGGUCCCGGCGCCGGUGCCUAUAUGGUCGACAAGAUGACGAGAUUUGGCAAGGGUGGCGGCCUGGAGUACUCCAUGGCGCCCCGGCUCAAUACCAUUGAUAAAAGAAUUGGUCCCGGGCCCGGGGCACAUGAUGUGCAUCUAAAGCCCUUCUUCACGGGCAUCAAUGCACCGGCCUACUCCAUGGGUCUGCGCACUGACUACAAUUUCAAGAGGCAUGGACCUGGCCCUAAUGCCUACAAGUUUGACGUCAACACCGUGAAAACAUCUGCUCCGGCCUACAGCAUGGGACUGCAAACCAAGACGACCACAAAGGGGUUGUCACCUGGCCCUGCUGCCUACGGUCUUGGCGACAUCAAUGUGAACCUGAACCGCGCCCCGCUCUACUCAAUGUCUCCGCGCUUGGGCCUGUCCUCGAAGGGGUUGGGUCCAGGCCCCAACUACUACGAUCUGAUGUACUACCGUCCUGGCAAAUCUGGACAGGCCUACUCCUUCGGUGUGCGCCACUCUCAGUUCGCACCGCCCAUGAUCGUUAGGUGUGAUAACAUGUAGGGGUUUGUAAUAUUAGAUCGAAUAUAUUCAAAAUUUCAGUAAAAUAAAAUAUAAAUAUAAAAUGUA